AUGUGCGCCCCCUUGCGGGAAAAAGUAGGUCUUCUACCCCCUGUCCCACCACCCCCCUCCUCCCUUCCUAUAAAAACCAGAAGAACACCUCUUAACACCACCACCUUCUGUAGAACUUCCAACAGCGCCACAAGGCGCUUAUCUCCCAGCUGGAGGAGGAAAUCCAGCAAGCAAUCGAAGCCGAGGUAGCUCGUCGGGAGAUCGCUCGUCAUGAGCGAGCUCGGAGGGACGAGGAGGAGCGGGAGAGGGAGGAACAAGACGAGCGUGCGCGGGCGCAUGCUGAGCUCGUAAGGGAGCUGGAGAGGGAGGGGGAGCGACGCGAUAGGAGGCAUUCGUUGGUGGUUGUUUUGGCGUGUUUGGUGAUCUUUUUACAUGAUAGGGAGUGGUUUGGGCUUGGGGCGGUGUUUUGGGCGGGGUUGGCGGGUUUGGUAGGUGGUGCGUUUUGGGUUUUGGUGGGUUUUGAGGUUUUUUAG